AUGCCCCAUGAAACGGCGAGUAGAGACUGUCGAAGGAAUCUGAAACCGGCCCGGCCACCGUUGAGAGUCCGGGAGCGGUCAAGAUCGAGACAGAGGCUCUUCUGGUACCAGGCCAGCGUAGUAUCUAUCAACGACAAUGAGCACAUGAUGACCAUGUCACCAUCGCCACAGUCACCAAAUGAGGCCGAGCAGACAAAACGGUCCAGAUCCAAGUCGGGAUCGCGAUCGAGCGAAAGACAACAGAGCGUCCCCCGGACAAUGGCAACGGGCGAGGAACACGACAACACCCAGCGAAAGGUAAGCUGGGCCAACAUCGUCACAGGGCAUGAUCAUACGUCGAAGGAAAAUAAUGGCCUUCAAACCACAAGACACUCGAGGUACGAAGACACGAUAAUGAUUCUCCGAAGACAGAAUGAUGAAUUGAAGCGAGAGCUAGAGCAGCAAAAGAAGAAGAGACAACAGAAAGAAGCCAGCACAGAAAAACAGCUCCAAAACCUGAUGCGAGAAAUAGAACAACUACAGAGAGAACAGACCCAGCAAUCGCAAACACCCCUUCCGCGGCCUUCAUCCCCACCCCCACCACCAUCACCAACACGACCAGAGCCAUCAACACUGUCGAACCAAGCGGCAAUCCCCCAGAACGACCUCAAGACAUUUGAAGACCGCAUCAACGCCAACGUGACCGUCAUGAUGGAAACCACACUGUCCACAGUAACGCAGGUUAUGCAAAACACGGUAACACAGAUGAUACAGACUGGCUUCCAAUCUCUCAAGAACGAAAUAGAGAACCAGAUUCAGGCUCUACAGACCAAAAUGACACAGUCCGGAGAAAGUUUCAGUGAACGCAUUCACAUGCUAGAAAAAAGAGAUAAUGCUCGCAAGAAACCUAAGUACCCUGCGAGAGAAGCUAAGAUAAUGCAGACCCUAAGCGAACAAGAUGGCGAGGCAAACUAA